UCGGAGCUGUCGGUCACUGCAGGUGCGCUCCGCUCGCCCUCUUUCCCAUUUUAGUCUCUCCCCUGUUCGCAGUGUGGAAUGUGCGACGCACAUUAUGCAGCCCCCCCCAAUCAGAGGGUCGGCUCUUCAGCCAGCAGCAGUCUCUCAAGUCUUUCACAGAAAUCAUUCCUCCCCCCUUUUGCUGUACAGACUCGCAUUCCGCUGCUAAAACCGCUUGCUGUAGUCUUCAAGGUGACCGUGCUGCAGGAUGUCCUCUACCCCGGAGCUGCCCCACCUCCUUUUUACCACGCUGGCCUCCUUUCCCUCGGCCGCUCCGGAAGUCACAACCAUGGAACCCAAUGCAGCUUUGUGCCAGGAGUGGGAUAAAACCCACCACUUCCUCUUCCAUCUGGGGAACCUGUCCCUGCUGCUGGGACUGGUCAUCCCCACCACCCUGGGUCUGCACAUGAUCCUGUUGCGCCUCCUCCUGAUGACAGGAUGUGGUCUCUUAAUUGCGUGGGCGACUCUGUACAGAUGCAACCUGGAUGUGAUGAUUUGGAAUGUUGUAUUUCUGGUGGUCAACUUCAUGCAUUUGUUCUUCCUCCUGUACAAGCGAAGGCCGAUUAAGAUCGACGGGGCGUUGCGGCCGGUCUACAAGCAGAUGUUUGAGCCACUCCAUGUGCAGGAGGCCCUGUUUCAGAGGCUCACAGGACAGUUCUGCACCAUCCAGAAGCUGAAGAAAGGCCAGGCCUAUGCUGCCGAGGACAAGACCUCUGUGGAUGAACGCCUCAGCAUUCUGCUCAAAGGAAAGAUGAAGGUGUCGUACCGAGGCCAUUUCCUCCACAACAUCUACACUAAUUCAUUCAUUGACUCUCCUGAGUUCAGGUCCACUGAGAUGCACAGAGGAGAGAAGUUCCAGGUGACCAUCAUGGCGGAGGAGGACUGUAAGUUCAUGUGUUGGUCUCGAGAGAGGCUCACCUACUUCCUGGAGUCAGAUACUUUCCUAAAUGAGGUGUUCAGGUACCUCAUUGGCAAAGACAUCACCAACAAACUGUACUCUUUGAACGACCCCACACUCAGUGACAAGGCAGUGAAGAAGAUGGAGCGUCAGCCCAGCCUGUGCUCUCAGCUGUCAAUGACGCAGAUGAGGAACAGCAUGGCAAGCACCAGCGACACUGAUGAUGUCCUUAACCAGAUCCUACGAGGAGGAUCGGCUGGAUCAUCGCUCCAAAAAUCACCUGGCACCAAGACUUCCGCAAAAAUGAAUCCCAUAGAAGAAGGCAUGGAGGAUGACGUUUUUGAAGAAUCUUCUCCCUCCAAGUCUCGCCGUAUGCCCAGCACUUCCGCUAAUGAAGUGUAGCCAUUAGUCUGUCCAGCAGUCUAUAGUACAAUGAUAUACAUUAUCAGCCCUGCCAAAAGAUGGCUGAUGAGUGAGAACAAGUGUAAGAAGAGAAAUUAUAAUAUAUUCAUGGUCACUUACAAAAACUGCAUCAAUUGCAUAGUUUGUCCACCAGUUUUGUUUUGUUUUGGUUUGGUUUGGUCCCCACCAACUCCUAUAAUGUCUUCCUGUAUUAGUUGGGUUGUAACAGUUGCCCUUUAAAGAUAAUUCUCAGAACUUCUGUAAAACAUCCCGUCACCCUCUCUCUUUCUCUCUCUCUGUAUAUACAUAUAUAUAUAAAUCCAUCCAUCCAUCCAUUUUCUACGCCACUUAUCCUUACCAUGGACUGGCGACCACUCCAGGCAGACAACCAACACACUCACACACACAUCUAGGGACAAUGUACAGUGGCCAGUUAACCUAAUGUGCAUGUUUUUGGGAGUAUGGGAGGAAGCUGGAGUACCUGGAGACUUACUCUAACCAUAACUAUAAUCAUAAUCAUAACCAUAAACAUAACUUUGCCCAACCCUAACCUUUACCCAACUUCAGCCUAAACCUUACCUUAAAACAUGUCUUCACCCUAAAAUAUGAUCAUUUACCCAUAGGGACUUACAUUUUGUCCCCAUAAAGUAGGUGAGUCCCCAUGUGUGUGAACAGGUUUUUGUCUGCACCAGGUAAGAAAAACACAUACAUAUAUAUACAGACACUCACUCACAUAAGCAUUGUCACAAAUGCAUACGUUUGACAGCACAGAAUUUCUGUUGAUGAGGUUUUUGUUUUUUUUGAAGACAUUAUUUUAUUUAACCAUACUAAUAUUGCAACAAUACUAAUAUUUCAUUGUGUAAUGGAUGGUAAAAAGAUUAUGAUGCAGUUAUUACUGUGAUUCCACUGUUGUACCCCAUUAAAUAAAUAUGAUCAGU